AAAAAUUGCGAAUUGCGAAAAUACACGGUCCGCUUAAUGUCCCACCACCAAGAAUUCUCGGUCUUCAGGUUAAUGACCUCGCGUUUGGAAAGAAUUUGUGGGAGCGAGCAGGCCAAAUUUUGGCAGUGAGUGAACUACUCUGCUGCACACUCACUUUUUUUACAACGAAAUUUUACAAUAUUAAAUUUCUGAAAUUCGAAACUAAUUUUUCCAAAAAGUUUUUCACUAGUUUUAACAUGAAGAAGGCUUCAUUUGUUGUAAAGGAGGAGAAAAAAGUCUCGAGAUCGUUCCAAGAUAAUAAUAAAAAUUUGUUACAGAUGGUUCGUUCUCGUACCGUCUUUUUUCCAACGAAUAUCGAGGAUAUAAGUAUAAACGCUCCUAAAAAUUCACUAUUCAACUUUAAUUUCGGCUCUAACAAGCGCAAAAUGGUGUCCCCCAAAUUGGAGCUUGGUGAUCAUGAUCAAAACAGAAGCGAAGAGGAGUAUUCAGAUUCUGGAGAAAACACUACUCUGAAAAUUAAAAAGCUUAGGUCAAGAGUGGUACUGGCAACUGUAUCACUUUCACAUCGUGUAAAAAAUCGAAAAUAUGAACCUCUCACAACUUCUAGCAAAUUCUCAAUGAAGAAAGACCCUUCAAGUUUUGCUCCCCAGCAGAAGAAUGCAUUGAAAAAAGAAAAAUUUACACAACCACGUUCACGCUCUCCAUCUCCAACUUAUCAUAAGGCGAUUCGUCCCGUUGAUGUGACAAAAUCAAGCCGAAUGUCGUUACCAUCGUCAACCUCCUCAUCAAUCGUCCAAGUGGGAGGCAAAGAUGACGAGGAAGAAAGUAUUUCACGUUGUCUGGCUCCAAUCCGGCGACGUAUGCCCUCUCGAAACAUUGAUCCUGACGACGAGAACAUGGCUUCUUUUUUUGAUAACAAAUUUGAAGCAAGGGUUGACGAGGCUGAGUUUAUAAAAUUUAUGAAUUCAGACAACCCAGAGGACGAUGACAUCAGAGCAUCCCUCAUCAACUAUCCUGCCGAUGUUAAACAACUUUUCGGUUCAGGAACAAGGUUUCGACAAUCUCAUCCAGGCGUGGGGCUUGCACCUUUGGGCGUUUAUGGAAAUACCAUCACUGGAUAUAUUAACAUCGCUCCGAAAGCGUCGAAACCGUUUAGCAUCUCUAAAAAUGCUCAGAUUAUUUGCUGGGUAUUGAAGGGUGCCGUGGUCGUAAGAUCUACAAAAUAUGAAGUCAUUGACGGAAUAAUUAGUUACCUUGUCGGGGAAUCUGUAACGACGGGAGGUUGCAUAGUUGUGCAACCGUACACGCCUUAUAUGCUGGAAAACAAUGACCCUGACCGGGAAACCGUUAUCGGAUGGGUCAUGAAUUAUCUGAACUAGGAGAAUUAGCAGCUUUUUUAGAGUGUUUUUACAGUAAAAACAUUGCACUUAAUUAGAGAUACAGAUAUUACUAUUGGAAAAUGACACGUGUAGCUAUUUUUUAAGCAAAAUUUUGAAACAAUUAGUUGGAUUACAUUGAAAAUUGGUGAAAUAGGGGGAAUCAGAAAGUAUUACAUUACUUAUAUUUACUUCAGAUUUUCAAUACAAAUACAUUGGCGAAAUUAA